AUGGCCAUCAAGCACAACCAGCAGAUCCCGCACAACCAUUUCCGCAAGGACUGGCAGCGCCGUGUCCGCGUGCACUUUGACCAGCCCGGUCGCAAGCAGCGCAGACGCAAUGCCCGCCACGAGAAGGCCGCCAAGGUCGCACCACGCCCAGUCGACCGUCUGAGGCCUGUGGUGCGCUGCCCGACCCUCAAGUACAACCGCCGCGUUCGUGCUGGUCGUGGCUUCUCGCUCGCUGAGCUGAAGGAGGCUGGCAUCCCACGCAAGCUGGCGCCAACUGUCGGCAUCGCCGUCGACCCUCGCCGCCAGAACCUGUCCGAGGAGUCGCUCAAGGCCAACGUCCAGCGCCUCAAGGAGUACAAGGAGCGUCUUGUUCUCUUCCCCCGCAAGAUCAAGUCCCCCAAGCAGGGCGACGCCCCCAAGGACGAGGUCGACGCUGCCAAGCAGAUCGGCGAGGACCUCUACGACGGCAAGGUCAAGCUCUCCAACAAGGCUUUCCCCAUCUCCAACAAGGUCACCGUCCAGGAGGGCAAGGUCAGCGACUACCCAAGCACCGAGAACGCCUACCGCACUCUUCGUGUCGCUCGCUCCGAUGCUCGCCUGGUUGGCAAGCGCGAGAAGCGUGCCAAGGCGAAGGAGGACGAGGAGGCCGCCAAGAAGAAAUAG